UGGCUCCGCCCCGCGCCACCCACCCCGCCCCUUCCUACCCCACCUUCUGGGCUGGGAGAGAGACGGCUGCCCCGUCUCCAUGGCGACGUCGGACGCGGCGGUAGAGGCGGCUGGUACUUACCUGCUGGAGACGCUGCGGCGGAGAUCCAGGCCCGGGCGAAACCAUGUCGGACCUGGGUUCUGAGGAGCUGGAGGAGGAGAGAGAGAAUGAUCUUGGGGACUAUGAGGGGGAUCGGAAUGAGGCAGGCGAACGGCAUGGGCACGGGAAAGCCAGGCUGCCCAACGGGGACACCUACGAAGGGAGCUACGAAUUCGGGAAGAGACACGGCCAGGGGGUCUACAGAUUUAAAAAUGGUGCUCGAUACAUCGGAGAAUAUGUUAAAAAUAAAAAGCAUGGUCAAGGCACUUUUAUAUAUCCAGAUGGAUCAAGAUAUGAAGGGGAGUGGGCGGAUGACCAGAAGCACGGCCACGGCGUGUACUACUACGUCAACAACGACACCUACACUGGAGAGUGGUUUGCUCACCAAAGGCAUGGGCAAGGCACCUAUUUCUACGCAGAGACGGGCAGCAAGUACGUCGGUACCUGGGUGAACGGACAGCAGGAGGGUGCGGCUGAGCUCAUUCACCUGAACCACAGGUACCAGGGCAAGUUCUUCAACAAAAACCCUGUUGGCCCUGGAAAGUAUGUAUUUGAUAUUGGAUGUGAACAGCACGGUGAAUAUCGCUUAACAGACAUGGAAAGAGGAGAAGAGGAAGAGGAGGAGGAGACAUUAGUAAGUGUCAUUCCAAAAUGGAAAGCUACCAAAAUCACGGAACUGGCCCUGUGGACGCCGACCCUCCAUGAGGAGCCGCCCCCCGCAGACAGACCUGGCCAAGAGGAGGCCCCCAGAGCUGAAGGUACAGGAGAACCCGGGGAUGAAGCCCAGGCUCUGAUGGAGGGCUCCGAGGGAGACAUGGAUAUGAGGCCUGGGGACGAAGAUGCAGACAUGCUCCAGGACGAGAGCCGGGAGUACAGCCCAGACGAGUUCCGCUAUGACACGGACCAGGGAAAUGUGAAUUUUGAGGAAGAAGAAACUAGACAGUCGGAGGCGCCAGAGUGA